GGAGCGCACGUGCCGGGAAAACGACGAGCCAAGUCCGUUGAGCCAGAGGCCAAAAGCGAAAGCUGGGGAAAACUGCCCCUACAUUUUCCAGCAACAACAACGAGUGUGUGAGUGCGUGCGAGAAGAAAUCUUGUGUAACCCGGAGAGAGAGAAAGAGAGAAAGAUAGCGAGAAAGAGAGGGCCACAGCUGGGAAACUCACCACAGGCCACGGACUUGGAUUUUCCGCUCGUGUGAAAAUAUUCACACGCUCACUACGUUUCGGUUCGCCCGCAAAGGCAGUUGCUCCUGAAUUCCCAAUUCUCGUGCGUGAAGUGCAGUGUAGUCCAAUAAGACCAAUCAGAAUAAGUCAUCGGUCAGAAAGUAAACAAAAUAAACGCCACAUGCUGUUGGCACAAGUGCUUCAAACCACUAAGUGUACAAACGAAUUCUGAACCCCAUGAACCUCAAGGAAUUCUAACAACGCCCCCAUGACAAUAACAGAAAAGCGGUCAUAACUACACCAGCCAUUAAGCAUAAAAAAGUGCCAUAAAGCGUUGGGGGGAUAAGCUCGAAAAAAAAGGACAACUGAAUCGGAAAUGAUAGUAACUGUUGCUCGUCGCUCACAAACACCAUCGUUGUGCCAGUCGCACCGAGCUUCAGUUGGGUCCUUUGUGGAUUUGUAUUUGCGAUUCCUUCCUCGGCUCCAAUCAAUGUGGAUUUUGUAGAUUUUUUCUGCCUAUACAGGGUAGUGAAAGAGUUGGACAAACUGAACAAAAUUUAGUUGUUAGUUCGGUAGAGGCAACACUGCGUAUGAUUGAUUUAUUUUAGAGUUGAAAGAAGAUAUUUGAAAUUGUUAAAAUGGAAUUUAAAAAACUUUUUACGAAAAAACAACACGUACCACAAGCAAUUUAAAAUGUUACGAUAACGAUGAAAAAGUUUUUUAUUUGACAAAAUGGUCAAUACGUGUGAGUGAUAUAGAGACAGUACACUUUAUUUCAUAAUAAAUUAAUAAGGUGUGACAAAAUCAGAAUAAGGUGUUGGCAACAGCGACAAAAACAUUUCCCGUCUUUUUAUCAACACUUCAAUAAAUGAAGUGAAACAAAAACAGUUUGUAGAACAUUUGAACAGGGUAUAAACCAUUCGCACUGCAAUUGAACCCACCUGCACAGGUGAGAGCAGUGGCCAGCAAGAACGUGUCUGUUGGCGAAGCACACAAAAAUUGGCGUUGCAAAAAUUUCAAUAAAGGUGAAAACAAAAGCAAAACAUUGAAAUAAAAAUUAUUUCGUUUGCACUUCGCUUUUUAUUUGCACGCGCGCCAAUUCUUCGUCUCUUUUUGCGUCUCCUGCUCGCCAAGCUGGGAAAAAUUAUAUUAUUUUCAAGUUAUUAUUUAGCUGACAUUCCCCCAAAGGGGGUGAGUGUCCACCCCCUUUAACCCUCUCGGAAAUUCUUUUGUAUAAUCAACGGUCGGCGCAUUAAAAUUAAUGCUAAUUAUGAGCUUGUUUGUCCGUCGCUCGGUGACAUUUGCUUGAGUUUUUGUUUAAUUGCUGCGCUCGUUAUGAGAAAAUCAAUUGAAAUCGAUGCGGGACGUGAGUGAGUGAGAAAUAAUUAAAUAAACGACGGACAUGCAGCCAGUGAUUAAUAAAAUUAUGCAAAUCGCUUUGCGCAAAUUAAAGCGAGGCUCUGUAGUCCAGUUUGGCUUUAUUGUUUUUUCUCGCCCAUUAUUAACGUUAGAUGGCAUUUAAGGUCUAAUAAAAACACGCCGAGAACAAAAACUGAAAAUCAAUAAACACAAAGCCAGCGAGAAGUACGUAACAGGCGGAGGCAACAACACCCAAAUGCGGCAACAACAAGUGAGCAAGUUAAAGAACCUUUGCGAUUUGUAAACGCUGCGAAAUACCUGUCGAGUGAGGCGACCGAGAACACUGAGCUGAGCUGAACUGAACUGAACUGCAAGGAACACUAACAGAACAGCAACAAUGUCGGAGGGCAGUGAUAACAACGGGGAUCCCCAGCAGCAGGGCGCCGAGGGGGAGGCGGUGGGCGAGAACAAGAUGAAGUCGCGCCUUCGCAAGGGAGCUUUGAAGAAGAAGAACGUCUUCAAUGUCAAGGAUCACUGCUUCAUCGCCCGGUUCUUCAAGCAGCCCACGUUCUGCUCCCACUGCAAGGACUUCAUCUGCGGUUAUCAGUCGGGAUACGCGUGGAUGGGCUUCGGGAAGCAAGGAUUUCAGUGCCAAGUUUGCUCCUACGUGGUGCACAAGCGGUGCCACGAGUAUGUCACCUUCAUCUGCCCCGGCAAGGAUAAAGGCAUCGAUUCGGACUCACCAAAAACUCAACACAAUUUCGAGCCAUUCACAUACGCAGGACCCACGUUCUGCGAUCACUGUGGUUCCCUGCUGUAUGGCAUUUACCACCAGGGCCUCAAAUGCUCAGCAUGUGACAUGAACGUGCAUGCCCGCUGCAAGGAGAACGUUCCCAGUCUGUGCGGAUGCGAUCACACGGAGCGGCGGGGUCGCAUUUAUCUGGAGAUCAAUGUCAAGGAGAAUCUGCUAACUGUCCAGAUCAAGGAGGGUCGCAAUCUCAUACCCAUGGACCCCAACGGACUCAGCGAUCCCUACGUGAAGGUGAAGCUGAUUCCGGAUGACAAGGAUCAGUCCAAGAAGAAGACUCGCACCAUUAAGGCUUGCCUCAAUCCCGUCUGGAAUGAGACACUCAGCUAUGACCUUAAGCCCGAGGACAAGGAUCGGCGCAUCCUUAUAGAAGUCUGGGACUGGGAUCGAACCUCCCGCAAUGACUUCAUGGGCGCAUUGUCCUUCGGCAUUUCGGAGAUUAUCAAGAACCCCACGAAUGGCUGGUUCAAGCUGCUCACCCAGGACGAGGGCGAGUACUACAAUGUUCCAUGUGCGGAUGACGAGCAGGAUCUGUUGAAGCUCAAGCAGAAGCCUUCGCAGAAAAAGCCGAUGGUGAUGCGCAGCGACACAAAUACGCAUGUGUCAUCCAAAAAGGACAUGAUUCGUGCCACGGACUUCAACUUCAUCAAAGUUCUCGGCAAAGGAUCGUUUGGCAAGGUUUUACUGGCCGAGCGCAAAGGCAGCGAGGAGUUGUAUGCCAUUAAGAUACUCAAAAAGGAUGUGAUCAUUCAGGACGAUGAUGUGGAGUGCACCAUGAUCGAGAAACGUGUCCUGGCGCUGGGUGAAAAGCCGCCUUUCCUAGUCCAAUUGCACUCCUGCUUUCAGACAAUGGACCGCUUAUUUUUUGUGAUGGAGUAUGUAAAUGGAGGCGAUUUGAUGUUCCAGAUCCAGCAGUUCGGAAAGUUUAAGGAACCAGUGGCUGUGUUUUAUGCUGCUGAAAUCGCCGCAGGACUCUUUUUCUUGCAUACCAAGGGUAUUUUGUACCGGGAUCUCAAGCUGGAUAAUGUCCUCUUGGACGCAGACGGCCAUGUUAAGAUUGCGGACUUUGGCAUGUGCAAGGAGAACAUAGUUGGUGACAAGACCACGAAGACCUUCUGCGGUACCCCCGAUUAUAUAGCUCCAGAGAUAAUUCUAUAUCAACCCUAUGGCAAAUCUGUCGACUGGUGGGCCUACGGAGUCCUGCUCUACGAAAUGUUAGUGGGUCAGCCACCCUUCGAUGGCGAGGAUGAGGAGGAGUUGUUUGCCGCCAUUACCGAUCACAAUGUGUCAUAUCCAAAAAGCCUGAGCAAGGAGGCCAAAGAGGCCUGCAAGGGCUUCCUAACCAAACAACCGAAUAAGCGUUUGGGUUGUGGUUCCUCUGGCGAAGAGGAUGUGCGUCUACAUCCGUUUUUCAGACGCAUCGAUUGGGAGAAAAUUGAAAACCGAGAAGUGCAGCCACCGUUCAAGCCGAAGAUUAAACACCGAAAGGAUGUGUCCAACUUUGACAAGCAGUUCACAUCAGAGAAAACAGACUUGACGCCCACGGACAAGGUGUUCAUGAUGAACCUGGAUCAAUCGGAAUUCGUUGGCUUCUCCUACAUGAAUCCCGAGUACAUCUUAAGCCCAUAGAUCCGAUCUGAUCCGAUCUAGUUUUCAUGCUGCGAGUUGUGUCCCUUUAGUCUAUUUUGAUAUUGAUUACUGAAAAGACAUCUUGUUAAUAUCUGUUAAGUUUUCUGUUUGUUUUCCACAUUUGUGUGUAUCUAUAUUUAUUGAAUUGUUAAGUUUUGAGUUAAUUUUAAGUGCUAGAAACUGUGAAACAGAGCUUUAGUUGUGGAAUAUUCGAAUACUGUUCAAGAGAACGUCCUCACCUCAAGCCAAAAAGGAAAGCAAUAAAAAUCAACAUUUCAAAUA